GCACCGGUAAUACCGUAACCAAGCGACCUGUCGUUAAGGUCUGCCCGUUGCCUAUUGAUUAGGUAUUUCUUUUACUAUUUCAUUGCAUGUUGUAGUAUUCUAAGUUUAGCAUAGUUUCUUAAUAAAAUAAGCAUUAUUUUAUGGUCGGCGGCAUGUUCCGUACUUCUUUUAAAACCAAUUGUCACAAGCACAAGACGGUUAUUUCUAGUUCGUAAUUUAUGUAUUUCUAUUCAUCCAAAUCGAUAGCUAAUUUGAAUUUUGGAUAUGAUCAAAACGCUUUGCAAAGUGCACUAAUGAAACGCACACGACAGUGCUGCCAACGUGAAGAGACUGAACUACGUCUCUUUCUCAUUGCAUUCUCAAGACUUUUCAAGUCGAAUAACAACGGCUCAACGAGCUCAUACGCCUUCUAGGCUUUUCUAUUUCCCAAAAGUGCUCAAUUACUCCAAAUUAUCGACACAAGACAAGUGCAAUCUUACACACAAGGACUAUAUACACUGCCUGUGGUGAACGAGACCGGGGCGCCCCGAAAUCCAGCAGACGAGGAGCUUCAGGUGGACAACGAUGUGUCAACAUGUGGGACGAAGGAUGCAUUAACAGCCAACUUGGAGGUUCAGGUAGCGAUGACCACUACCUAGGCGGUGGCGGCUUCAACCCUGGCAAACGCUGUGUCAAUAUGUGGGACGACGGCUGCAUCAACGGGCAACUGGGCGGAGCAGGCAGUGACGACAACUUCCUAGGCGGCGGUGGGUUCAACCCCGGCAAGCGAUGUGUCAACAUGUGGGACGACGGGUGCAUCAACGGACAACUGGGAGGAGCAGGCAGUGACGACAACUUCCUAGGCGGUGGUGGGUUCAACCCCGGCAAGCGAUGUGUCAACAUGUGGGACGACGGGUGCAUCAACGGACAACUGGGAGGAGCAGGCAGUGACGACAACUUCCUAGGCGGCGGUGGGUUCAACCCCGGCAAGCGAUGUGUCAACAUGUGGGAUGACGGGUGCAUCAACGGACAACUGGGAGGAGCAGGAAGCGACGACAAUUUCCUAGGAGGUGGUGGCUUCAACCCAGGCAAAAGGUCUCUCCAUAACUUAAUUGCCAAACUACACAAGACUCACAACAAGAUCAACUAACUUUCUUUCCCUGUAAUAUGCUACCCUCUUGUCCCUUUCACAAAUAUUUCUGAACCGUCAGAAUGAAAGGGACAGAAGGUUUACAGUCAACGAACCUAGUUAACUACCUAGUCUCGUCACCAAGAUAUUUUGUGGAUUUUGUGAAUAAAAUAUUUGAAAAUAAAUAUUUGGUUUACUUGCUAUGAAACCCCAUGAGUUAGACAUUGGUCGUCAUACAAGAAAAUAAAGUAUAUGAAAUAUCCUGUUGAUUUAUAUACGCUUGUAGAUAUUGAAUCGGUAGACCAAGUAGCCCUCUCUUUUACUUGUUAAAAUACUUCUAACACACUGAAC